CUGCGCCGGUUGGUGUUGGGUGCACGUGACCGCCUCCCAGCCAACCAAUGGAGGAACGAGGCGGAAAAUUUCGAAUGUGGCGACGGUAGUUCCAGGCGACGGGGUACGGUCCUGGAGGGCUCAUUGCGCGUGGCUCGCGCGGAAGAGCCUCGAAGAACCUUGAAAUGUGAGAAGGAGGAAGAUAGCUCUUGCAGAAGUAGUGGCCAAGAUUCCAGACACUGCAUAGAGGAAAAUAAGACCUGGAGAACAUACUCAAGAAAGUGUAAGGUUUAGGAAAAUGUUUGACUAUCUUAGAGAAGGAAAAAGAUGGCCAAGGAAAGAUGCCUGAAGAAGUCCUUUCAAGAUAGUCUUGAAGACAUAAAGAAGCGAAUGAAAGAGAAAAGGAAUAAAAACUUGGCAGAGAUUGGCAAACGCAGGUCUUUUAUAGCUGCACCAUGCCAAAUAAUCACCAACACUUCUACGCUGCUGAAAAAUUACCAAGACAACAACAAAAUGUUAGUUUUAGCUUUGGAAAAUGAAAAAUCCAAAGUGAGAGAAGCCCAAGAUAUCAUCCUACAGCUGAGAAAAGAAUGUUACUAUCUCACAUGGCAGCUAUAUGCAUUGAAAGGAAAACUUACAUCACAACAAACAGAAGAACCUGCUCAGAACCAGGAAAUAUGUUCCUCUGGAAUGGACCCCAAUAGCGAUGACAACUCCAGAAAUUUAUUUGUGAAGGAUUUACCGCAAAUUCCUCUUGAAGAAACUGAACUUCCAGGACAAGGAGAGUUAUUUCAAAUAGAAGAUCAGAUACCUACUAUUCCUCAAGAAACACUGGGAUUUGAUUUUGAUUCAGGUGAAGCUAAGUCCACUGAUAAUGUCUUACCUAGAACUGUAUCUGUCCGUAGCAGUUUAAAGAAACAUUGUAACAGUGUAUGUCAGUUUGAUAGCUUGGAUGAUUUUGAAACCAGUCAUUUGGCGGGGAAGUCUUUUGAAUUCGAAAGAGUUGGAUUUUUAGACCCACUAGUAAACAUGCCUGAAAAUGUACAAUACAAUGUUUGUCAAUGGAGCAAGGACCAAGCUAACUUAUCGCUUUCAAAGCUGAUUCAUCCAGGAACAUUUACUAAAACAAAAGAAGACAUUUUAGAAUCUAAAUCUGAACAAACUAAAAGUAAGCAAAGAGAUACACAAGAAAGAAAAAGAGAAGAGAAAAGAAAAGCUAACAGGAGAAAAUCAAAACCUAUGUCAAAAUAUAAAGAGAAUAAAAGUGAAAAUAAAAGAACUGUUUCCAAAAAGAAAAUGCACAAAUCUGUCAGUUCCAAUGAUGCUUACAAUUUUAAUUUGGAAGAGGGUGUUCAUCUUACUCCUUUCCGACAAAAAAUGAGCAAUGAAUCUAAUAGAGAAGAAAACAAUGAGUCUGAAGUGAGCCUCUGUGAAUCAAGUGGUUCAGGAGAUGAUUCCGAUGACCUCUAUUUGCCCACUUGCAAGUACAUUCUGAAUCCCACCAGCGAUUCAGGUACAAGACCAGUCACCAGGCCUCUAGCUAAAAGAGGACUGAAAUAUACAGAUGAAAAAGAGACGGAGGGUUCUAAGCCAACAAAAACUCCUACUAGUACACCACCUGAAACUCACCAGUCACCUCAUCUUAAACUGAAGGAUAUCACCAAUGUCUCCUUGUAUCCUGUUGUGAAAAUCGGAAGGCUUUCUCUUUCUCCAAAAAAGAAUAAAGAAAGCCCAGCAGUGGCUCUGCCUAAACGUAGGUGCACAGUCAGCGUGAACUAUAAGGAGCCCACCCUCACUUCGAAACUGAGAAGAGGGGACCCUUUUACAGAUUUGUGCUUUUUGAAUUCUCCUAUUUUCAAGCAGAAAAAGGAUUUGAGACGUUCUAAAAAAAGUAUGAAACAAUUACAAUGAAGGUUUUGUUGGAUAUUGUUUAAAUUCAAUCUACACCUCUUUCUGUUGCUUCAAGAGAGGAUCUGUAAGAGUACACAAACAGAGUGAGCCAUUGCCAUAGAAUAUUCUCUUGACAGGACCCUAGCUCAUAAACGUUUCUUCAGAACUAUGCUUCAAAUGGGAUGUUUUGUAUUAAAAUGUUAAUAAAUCUAAUUUGUUUUUUCUUUUGAAUAUAAA